ACAUACUACAUGAACUCUUGCAAGAGGGGAUGUGAAUCGUGGAGCUCCCAGCUAUUCUGCUCCUGUUUCCACCAGCUCCCUCACUGAGGGGUUCAGCAGGCCAUGACAAAAGCCAAAAUAGAAAGAUGAAGAACAAAUGUUACAAGAUCUUGGAGGCAUCUGAGGUUUCAUGGGGACUUUCCAGCAUUCCAGACUGCUGCCUUGCAAUGAAGCUCUGAGUCACUGUCUUUGGGUCUAAGGUACUGGCUACAAUGUGGAACCCCAGAACAGCCAACCUGACUAACCUUCUCUCUAAGCAGAAGCCCAAAAUAUGUCUGGCCUGAAAUCAGAGCAAGCACUAGAGAAAGACUUCUUUGUUAAUGGAAAGAGGAAAGGAGAAAACGGUUUCCAACACGUUGCAACAGUCUUUCCACCAUUCUAAAGAGCCUACCUUCCUUGUAAACCAAGCUGUUCUAUCUAGUGCAUCCCAUUCUAGCUUUUUGCCAGAAAUUGAGCAUGUCAAUCCUGGUGAAAAAAUAAAGACAGACCCUCAGAAAAAUAGACCUGGAACUGUAAUACUCCUAAAAUGGUCCAGUAGGAGGAUUAUGUCGGAAAGUCAGCCCAGCCCCCCUGUGAUCCCAUCCCGCAGGCCCGGGUUCCAGGUGUGCCAUAUCUGUGGCCGAGAAUUUGGGUCCCAAUCGCUUGGCAUUCACAAGCCCCAGUGCUUGGAGAAGUGGCGUACUGAAAACAGCAAGUUGCCCAAGCACCUGAGGAGGCCAGAACCUUCCAAACCACUGCCUCUCAGUGGAAGUGGAUCCUACAAUCUUCAGGCAGCAUUCCAGAGUUCCCAGGCUCAGCUGCUGCCCUGUGAAUCCUGUGGUUGCAAGUUCUUGCCAGAUCAGCUUCUUGUUCAUCAGAGAAGCUGCAAGCCGAAGGGUGAGGGGCCCAGGGCACCAAACCCCAACAGUUCUGAUAAUCUUGCUGCUCUCAAGAAAGCUUCUGGUGGCAUCCCAACCCGACCAAGGGCUCUCAUCUGCUACGUCUGUGGUAGGGAAUUUGGCACUCUGUCCCUUCCUAUACAUCAGCCCAAAUGCCUGGAAAAGUGGAAAAUAGAAAAUGACCUGCUCCCCAGGGAGUUCUGCCAGCCACUACCACAGAAGCCUCAGCCCCUUCCAACUGGACAGUCCAACCAAGAGGGGCCGAGUCAAGCUCAGCUCGUACCCUACCCAAAUUGUAGCCGGACCUUUGCCCCUGACAGCUUUCUGGUACACCAGAGAAGUUGUACAGCUCAACCUAGCGGGCCAAAAGUUCAAGAUUUGACAUUAUGGAGUAAAGGUGGCCUCAAAGAGUCCACUAAUUCCAAGCAGCAAAGGAACAUGGCAGUACCCACUGUGACUGAUAAGCCAACAAUGAUAAGGCAUCCACCAACAGUUGUUUGCUACAUUUGUGGUCGUGAAUAUGGAACAAAAUCAAUUUUCAUCCAUGAGCCACAAUGUCUGAAAAAAUGGCAUAAUGAAAACAACUUGUUGCCUAAAGAGCUAAGGAGACCAGAACCGAAAAAGCCAGAAGUCAGGACCAUUACUGCCAAGGGUUUCUAUGAUCUUGAUGCCUUAAAUGAAGCUGCUUGGACAAGUGCCCAGAGCCUGUUGGUUCCCUGUAAUAUUUGUGGGCGUACCUUCCUGCCAGACAGACUGAUUGUUCACCAACGAUCCUGUAAACCAAAAGUCGCCAAGUAAAGCUCUUUCUCCCUACGAAA